CGCCCUGUAGAGAUAUUUCGACUGACUCGCCUUCCAUCUCAAUCCUCCCCGCGGUUCUGCCAUCGUCUCAUCCCGCAGCACCGAGCAAGCUAAUUGCCCACGCUUACGCUUCGUCAGUCCAUUUCGAUGCACCGUCCUUCGCUCCUCGCACCACCUCGUCCUCUUCCCCUCCCCUUUCUCCCCCCGCCACGGCCCCACUGGCGCUUCCCCCGUGGCCCGGCCGUCCUCCACAGGCCGCCGAGAACUCGCCUCGACGCCACCUCCCGUCUCCCGCUCCCCAUUCUUGCCCUACUCUCUAGCCGGAGGCCGGUAGCCGUCGCCGCUGAAGGCGUUCUUGGCUCGAGCGAAGAAGGAAGUGACGAUCAAGAAGCUAAAUUUGUUGAGGUUGGAUACGUUAGUAGCACGCAUGGGAUCAAAGGCGAGCUUCGAGUGAUGCCGAGCACGGAUUUCCCGGAACUUAGGUUCUGCACGCCAGGGAUAAGAUGGUUGAGGACCCGCAUUUCGGGGAAGGAAUUGAUAUCAGAAGUGCAGCUUACAGGUGGGAGAGGCCAUCCCGGGCAGAAGAGUUGGAUUGUUAGUUUGAGUGGGAUCGACACCGUGGACAAGGCUAAGCAGAUUGUUGGGUCAACUUUUCUUGUAAAGGAAGAUGACAGACCAGACCUGGAGGAAGGCGAACUCUACACCCCUGAUCUUGUUGGCAUGCGAGUUGUUCUGAAGGAAUCAGGCACUCUGGUGGGUACAGUUGCUAAUGUAUUCAACUUUGGCGCUAGUGAUCUUCUCGAAGUCAUGCUUGCCAGUGAUGAUAGACAAGAUCAAUCUAGUUCAUCAAAACUAGAUUCAACUUCUUGUGGUCAACAUGUAUGGGUUCCAUUUGUUGAAGCAAUAGUUCCUGAAGUGGACAUGGAUAAGAGAGAAAUGUUGAUAACUCCUCCAAAAGGUCUACUGGAGCUGAAUUUACGUUCUGAUAUGAGACCAAAGAAAGAAAGGCGUCAGCUGGAAUGGAAGGAAAGAAAGAGGUUGCAGCAGCGUCUUAUUCCCGCUAAAAAGAAACUUGCUGAAAUGUGCCAGACGCAUGUUCUAGAAGGAUUAAAAAUUGGAGAGAAGGUUCAAAAGAGUUCGCUUGCAAGGCAGAUUGUAAACAUCGACUGUAAAUUACUCCAGCAUGCUCUACAAAGUAUCAACAAACCUCUCCACAGGUUCUGCUUCCUCUGCUUUCCAGAGUUUGCUGGUGCUAAUUCAGCUAAAUUGUUAAGGCGUUCAAUCAGAGUAUCACAUGAGUACCUAAGAAAUCAUACAAGUAAACAGAAGGAUGACUCAAACUAUCUAUUAUACAAAGAAGGUCUGCAGCUACUUUCAAGAUCUAAAACUGCUAUCAUUGUCAUUAUAAACGGAAACAUUUGUGAUGGAGAUUCUGUGCCAAAUGAUGGAGGUUCUAAAACUUCACUAAGCCAGUUUGAGGAUCUUCUUUUUGGUUGCAAUGGAUUCAUGAAGGUGGAAGAAGAGAGUAUGACAGUUCCUCUCAUUGUGGUUUCUCCAGCUCAUUUAAUCCAGUCGUAUAGAGAAUGUUUGUCGGAUAAUGACUACUUUGGCAUGAAUAGUGAGAAGGUUUGGGUCUUAGAAGAAUUACAGUUACCAGUUGUUAGUAUACCCAUGGAUCAAAAUGGCAGCAAAAUCCUGUUAAAGUCACCUUGGGAAAUACUUCAAGCACCAAUUGGUUCUGGAGGAUUUUUCAGUUUACUGUUGUCACAUAAUAUUUUACCUGAACUUAACAAAAUGGGUGUUGAAUAUGUGCAGGUCUGCAGUUUGAAUGAUAAAGCCACAAUCCUGCAUCCCUUGUUCCUUGGGUUGGUAAGUUCCUGCAGAGCUGAUGUAGGGAUCACAAUGUUUGAGAGCAGCAAGGGGGAGGGGGAGGACGAGUGUGACAUGAUAUUUUCCAUGAGGCACAUCAUCAGGUUAUCAAGACAAAUUGAGAAGCUCCAGUUUUGCGCUGUUCCGGAGCAGCAUGUGCAUGUUGAGCAGGUGGAUGAUGAGUUGGUCACCAACUAUCCAGAUGCACCUAAUUCUUAUCGUCUACAUUGUCGAAUGUAUGCCUCCCUGAACUCAUGUUCCCUGGACGCUAUGUGUGUUGUGAAGGUCUUUGAAUAAAUUUGUGGCACUUAUGUGUCCUUUUCCCUCUCC